CUAUGUAGAAUGACUGCUAUGUAGGAUAAAUUAAAGAUCCUACGUAGAUUAACUUAUAGCAAAUAGUUCGUAAAAUUUGCUCCCUACAAUUGCCUGACGUUAAUUCCAAACUUUGAAUGUGUAACAUAGAGCCCCAAGAGUUUUCCAUCUACCGUCGCCUGGCAUGUGACAUUAGGCAUUAUCAAAAUUUUUGAAUAUAAUUUACUUGAUGUACUUUCCAACCUUAGUUUCAAACUCCAAAACUCAAAAUAAAUUCUUACAAGAUCCUUCAUAGCGUAAUCGUAUAAUUAACUUCCCAACACUAUUUACAAACAUACAAGUAAGCAAAUCGAAAUAACAUGCAUUCUGCCAUUGCUUAGCACGAAACGCCACUCCAAUGCCUGUGGCACAUGGAAAAUAUAAACAAUCUUCGUGGUUCACUGCUUUCGAACACCUUUUCGUGAAAUAUAUCGUAAAUGUUAUCGCGACCAUGUUCCAUAUCUCCAUCAACACAAAAUAAUCAGCCAAACGCUCAGGCACCUGAACCCUUAUCGCUCUUAGUACCUGCACACUGGCCACAACCCAGCAGCGGUUGAGUCAGCACGGUGCGCACCACUUUCAGAUAACGCAACACACAACACCGAUAGAUAACACUAGUUCGAUUUGGCUUGCGUUCGCGGCCAGACGUUACCGUAACGUAACCUCAAAAGAAUUCCCAACCGAAUACACGAUGGACGUACUAGACGGUGUUCCGCGAUCGGUGCUCGGUUAUCCGGUAAAAACGCGUACCCAAAUUGUGAUGACAUUCCUAGUGCCGGUGAUCUUUGAACUGAUGGUUUACAUCGUACUGACAACGGCAGAUAUUUUAGUGACCGUAGAGCACUUUCGCAAUGGUAACCCAUCCUGGGGUUGGUUCACACUGUCUCUUAUCUGGCUCCCUUCGGUGGUGUGCUUUUGCUCCAUCAUAUCUACCCCGGAAAGAUGGCCGGAACUGAUUGGGUGUGACGAGCGGACGAGCCACUUUUUAAUUACCAACAUUGGCAUACUGCUAUUCUUCCCACUGGCUGCUCUCUACCGCUUUAAUAGACGCAUUUUCUGGAGCAUUGAAGCCCUUUUCCACGAUAAGAACACCUAUGGCAGGGCACAAUCGGUAGCAAAAAUAUUGGAAACGUCACCCUGCGAACUCUAUCACUUUCUUCAAGCAUUUCUCCAAGCCGCUCCACAAAUGAUGCUUCAACUCUACAUUCUGCUGCGCGAUGGUACAUUCCGUAACUAUGACACGGUCACGGCACAGGUGAUCAGUGUCGUUUUCUCCUUCCUAACCAUGGCCACCAUCAUUACCAGCUAUCAACGUUUCGAAAGUCAAAAGAUCGUGGGCCGUUGCUAUCCGUGGAGUACACCGGAACAAGCGACGACACGGCGCAAAGAACUGCAACGGUCAACUAGCACGGUUGAAAAUACGAUUGCUACCCAAACACCAUCGAUCGCCCCGGAAGCGGAUCCGAUCGUACCGAACAUUAUGCGUAAUUUUUACUCCCGCUAUGGCAGCGAUGAAGAACGAAUGUCUGACGCAAAUGCACCUUUUGCUGUCCCUGGUAGCCCACGCAAAACGUUAAACGUCGAUGCGAUCAACUUCAAUCGACAGCAAUCGAAAGCACAUCACGAUCCGUUCGUAAACUUUACCGAUGAUGAUAAGCUGCACGAGUUUCAUGCACCUGACACGGUGGAUAGGGUCGGAUCGAAACCACGUCAAACGGGGCGUAGUGUAAGUUUCAAGCUUCGGGAUACCGUUGAGGAGCUGCAGGAAAUGGACCAUUAUCUUCGCAGCACGGAAGAUAUCCGGAACGUUACCGAUGAUAGUGACGAUGAGUACUUGAAACCGGAUGAUUUCGAUGCGGUCCCAAAGAAGCGGGCACCACCAACACCGGAAGCCGCAACCGGGAUGUUUCAUCGAGUGUCCGUGUUCCGGAACAUGUUGCUUUACAAUGCGGAAGCAUUCAUCAAGGAGAAAGUUCCUCGAUUGCCAGAACGAAUGUUUGAUCAUGCGGAAUCCGAUCGUACCGUAGUGCGCAAAGUGGGAGAGUCCGAUCAGCUAGAUGGUGAUGCGAUAUCCUUACCGUCGCGACGACAAACGAUAGUGGGCCUGGAACAGGACGAUAUGGUCGGUAAAACGGUGUUGUUCGUCGGGUGGGUUAUGUUCUUGCUGAUGCGUAUGCUAUCGCUUUCCACGUUCUACGUAUUCUUCCCGCUAUACUUCUGGAUGCUGGUCGCCAACCACUAUAUGCUUAUGAUCGCCUGCAUUAUCUACGAGGUGCGUUUACACGAAAAGUUGGAACGCUACUUCUUCUAUCUGUUCCUCGCUUACAUGUACGUAUUUUCUCUGCUCGAGUUUAAAAUACGCUUCAUCCAUGUGCGCUGGUGGUACGUGGGAUACAUCGGCAUUGUGAUGUUGGAAAACGUCGCAAUGCUAGUGGUGUGGUUCAAUCUGGGCGUCUUUGAGUCAUGGUGGUUCUACUUUCUGCACCACACGAUCAUUGCGAGUGGUGUUUUAAGCACCAUGUGUUUCUUGUUUUAUUACGCGUUUCUUCGUCCGAAGGAUAAGGUUUUGUUUGUAAAUGAGUGAAUUUUCGUUUUGUAUUUCGGAAAUUGUUACACGAAGGAUGCUCUCUAGCCUAAGGCUUACUCAGUCGUGUAGCAUACAAGUAUGCAGCUAAUAGAGAUGUAGAAAAUAUUUAUUUGAUCAUUAUGCUAAACCAAUGUUAUUUUUUAUCACUUUUUUACAUGACUAUUAAGAAGCUUUUAAAUCAGACAUACGGCCGAGAUCUUUGAAUCCGGCCUGCACAGGAAUAACGAGAACAUCGAUUAUUAUCAGGCUUGGAGUAUGCAGCUUGGAAAAUAGAGGAAUAUUUUUUUAUGUUUUGUGUAUGUACUCUUUAAUCCCUCUUGAAGCCCAAACAACUCUUGAGUUUUAUUUCCUCCUGACUUCUCCACGACUUUCCGCGCAAACAGGAUGGCUCAGCUAUCGACUGUUUUCCACAUGUGUUUUCCCUACGAAUAACCCUUCGUAGCAUAUGUGAUAUCAAUUCUGAGAAUCGAAAUCGGCACAGCAUGAAUGUUUGAUUCUGUUCUAGCCCUCUAAAGUCCAUUUUCCAUGGGUUUCUGGAUUUGGAUUUGAAGCCUGUCCAGAAACACUAAUCUGGAGAAUGAACUGAAGGAAAAAAAAGAUUUUGGCGGCUUCAAUUGCCACUGAACUUGAAUUCAAGUAAGCAGUCAGGUAGGUUUUGCAACACAGAAGUGAUAUAUUUAGGGCCAACUUUAAGCCAACAUGAGUUUGACAUCACUGCUUUAAAUGGAUGCAGCAUUCCCUCCCUGCUAACUUACGGAAAGACAAGUUGAGGAAAUUUUAAGCUGCACUAAGAAAUUUUUUUUGUUCCUAUCACGUUGAUACGAGCUAAAAUUAGGUUUCACACAACUGAAAAGUAUAAGUUUGUACCAUUUAAAACCAGCUAUAAAAAAAUUAUUUGAUUUAAAAAUUAAAAACAUUGUUCAUUAUCAUUAUAAUGUGUCUUUUACUAUGUAAAUCUACUAAAUAAAAAAAUAAACGCUAUUUAUUGUAUAA